AUGUCUGCCAUACAGUCCAUCCCCUUAGACCACUUCAAAGAGACCUUCUCAACCUGCACUGAAUUGUCCAGCACGGCUAUCGGAGGGAGGAUAGUGUCUGUUUCGGACGAGUUCUUCGCAGAAGCGUUUAAUCUCCUGAAAGUAGAGCCUUCCACGAGCUUGAAAGGCAGCUUUGGCCCAAACGGCGCCCUUUACGAUGGCUGGGAAACGAGGCGACACAACCCCGCGUACGAUUGGGUUAUUGUCCAAUUGGGUACCUCUGGUAAUAUUAUUGGCUUCGACGUCGAUACUUCCAACUUCAACGGAAACGAAGCACCGGAAGCUUCCAUCGAGGUGAUCCAUGGGGCACCGGCAGAGAAUCCCAGUGUCGAUGAUGCCGGAUGGAAGGAAGUGCUGCCAAGGACUCGCCUAGGCCCAAACUCAAGGCAUAUGUUCAAGGUCCCUACCACCGACGUAGCCAACUUUGUUAAACUCAAGAUUUACCCUGAUGGAGGUGUGGCUCGAUUCAGGGUGUAUGGUCACGUAUCACCUGUCCAUCCGAUAGAUGGAUCGCCCUUCGAUUUAGCCCAUGUCUUUGCGGGCGGACGGGUACUGGAAGUAUCUGAUCAACACUUUGGGGUCGGUGCAAACUUGUUGUUGCCUGGUCGGGGGAAGGAUAUGGGCGAUGGCUGGGAGACGAAGCGAAGCAGGACCAAGGGGCACACUGAUUGGGUGAUCAUCAAACUUGGUGCACCGGGUUACCUUGAGCACGUAGAGAUCGAUACAGCACAUUUCAAAGGGAAUUUCCCAGAGAGCUGCGAGCUGCAUGGACUCUAUUCAGACAAUGAUUUAGAUGUUCAAGUUCAAGGGAACUGGACUGAGAUCCUACCUAGAACGAAACUUGGUCCCCAUAGACAGCACUACUUCCAACUCGAGAAUGUUGAGAACACUGUAUACAGUCAUGUCAAGAUGACUAUAUAUCCUGAUGGUGGGGUCAAGCGGGUGAGAGUCAUCGGUAGGAAAGCAGAUUCGAACACACUUUCGACCACCCAGCCGCAAGAAACCGUAGUCACGCCGCAGCCGCCCCAAUCACUCCAAUCGAAUCCUUUUUCCAGUUCGACCAUGAAGGUGAACACGAUCCCUGUACUUCCCUUGACUCCAGAAGGUUUCGCGCCCUUUGGUUCGGUCAUCCAAGGCUACAGCGAGUGGACAGCAGCCCCCAAGGGAGCAAAAAUCACCAAGGCGAAUGCGGAUACUGCCGACAAGUUUCACAAGCAGACUCUCCUCACUUCGAGCUAUCCACCAUCCGCUAACGCAACAACAGGGAUAUCGGUAUAUCGAUGUCGGCCGCUGAGGGACAUCGGUGCAGAUGGAACCGUUGCGUUGACUGUGCUGGAGCGACAUCGCUUCACGAACCAGACAUUUAUUCCUAUGGGCCGAGGGGACGGUGAAGGGCUGAAGGAUCCAGCGCAUCGAUAUCUGGUGGUGGUAGCGCACAACGGUGAAGACGAUCGACCUGAUCUUCGGACCCUGCGAGCCUUCCUGGCCACGUCCGCACAAGGAGUAACGUACAACGAAGGCGUCUGGCAUCAACCGAUGACCGUUCUCGACAAGGUAUUGGACUUGGCUUGCGUGGAGACCCAGAUUGGCGACGGGAGCGCGAGCGAUUGUGAAAUUUUGGAAUUGGACACCAGCACAGAGCUGUACAAGCUACAGUUGCCUGCGCAUGAGUAA